AUGGAGCCAGGGGAGAAGCAGCACAAGGAUUUCAUCGCUGUCACGUUGCUGGGCAAAAGGUGCCUCCCCAGGAAAAUUGGCAUUACAGGCUCUUGUCCAAACUUGGUGAUGAGUGAAAGUGAAGCACACAAAGAGAAGGGUGGGGAUGUGGUGUCCAUAGCUGUGCAGCUCGGCAGGACACACCAGUCACUCUGCUUAGUGCCUUCCACAGAAGGGGAUGACCACUCCAGCAAGUCGGCACCCCAGGACUGGCGAAGCUGUCUGCAGGUCCAGAUAGAAGAGGCUGAGAGUGGAGGGACAGCCCAUAGCAUGGGGUCCCUGGCAUGGGCAUCCCAUUCUUGUGCCCUCAGAUCUAGUCCCACCCCUGCUGCUCCCCUGCCCUGUUCAGUGGACUCCCCAUCCAAGGCCAAGCUCUCCAGCUGCUUCUCUGUCUUCUCGCUGCCAUCAUGGGGCUCCAAGCUCAAUUCCAGCCUCCUGCCCCAUGCCAGCUCCAAGAAAUCCCUCAGGGGGAGCUGGAAGAAGAACCCACAUCGUGAGGAGCCCACUUGUCCAAAACCAGGAGAGCCUGCCUGCUUCCCCUUCACGGGACCCAUCAUCGCUCGGAUAACUGACUGCAUCUAUCUGGGGAACCUCAACGCUGCCUACAGCGGGCAGGCGCUCUGCACCAACAGCAUCGACAGCAUCAUUGACAUGAGCAGCCUGCCCAGCGACCACAGCCUGAGCAUCAUCCCCUGCACGUGCCGAAGGGGAGGGUUCAGGCACAGCUGGUCACGCCUCAAAGUCGACAUUCAGGCUCCACUCCGUGGGGAUCACCACAAAAUGGGACAACCCUGCUUCCGGGACAUCAACGAGUGCAUUGAAGCCUCACUGGAGAAAGGGAAGCGUGUCCUCAUCCACUGCAGGGAUGGUUACUCUCUAGGUCCUACUUGCGUCAUUCAAUACCUGAUGGUCAAGCACAGCAUGAGGCUGCUGGCAGCCUAUGAGUUUGUGAGGGCACGGUACCCACUGAACAUCCAGGAGUGUCAUCAGGACCUCCUGGUGGGUUUGGAGAUGUCCCUGCAGCCUGGAGGCAUCAACAUCACGUGCCUGAAGCACUCCCUGUCAAGGAAGAUGGCAUGGAGCUAAAUAGACAGGGUGGUUGUGUUGUUUGGCAGUGGUUCUGAA